UGCAAGAUACAGCACCUGAUAGAUUAAACUGUCCAUCGACUGAGUGCAGUCAGUAGUAUCACCAGAUACAAGCCAAGCGUACAUCAGGUGACAUCAAUAACCAUGAGCUCAAUUUGGUUCGUGUUCGUCUUUUCUCUUCUUAUGAGUGGAGUUCACUGCGAAAAGAGGGGGACACAGCCUGACCUUGAAGCGGUAGUUUGUGAGGGUAAGACACUCAAAAUCAGCUGUUCAGGAAGACAGGAGAUUCACAUUAGUGAGGCGGAAUAUGGGAGGACAGAGCCAGGAAGCAAGUAUUGCCUGUCGUUUUUGUUCGACUGGAAUGCUAAGUGCUAUUCUAAGGAGGGAACCUUGGGAAUCACCAAAGAGGAAUGUGAGGGAUUCAAGUCUUGCACUCUCUAUGCCAACAACCAUGAGUACGGUGACCCGUGUUUUGGUACCCUUAAGUAUCUGAAGGUAUCUUACAGGUGCAUACCAGCAAAACCAGGUGCCUUGCAGAAGAUUCGCGUCUGCGAAGGUCAGCAAGCUUCUAUAGACUGCCCCAAGAGAAGCAAAAUUUCCAUCGAAUACGCAAAUUAUGGCCGUUUGAAGGGACCGCAUGUCUGUGGUUUCUUGAUCGUCUUGAACACAAACUGCAGGGCGGAGAGCUCCAUGGAAACUGUGGAGAAAGACUGCAACGGCCAGGAUCGUUGCAAACUGGAAGCAACCAACGACAAGUUUGGAAAAAAGGAUCCUUGCUUCCUUACACCGAAAUAUCUGGAGGUCCAUUACCGUUGCAAUUGAGCGGCAACAAUAUCAACUGGGUACGUCCUGACAGGAUGAGGGAAAAAACGACAAGAAAUGUGAUGUAGAAAUAGAAAUGGAAAAUAAAAAUGAAAUUGGGAA